CUUAAAAGGCCAAAAAAACAGAACAUAGUGACAGAGUGUUCCAGAGAGUUUGUUAAAGAACUGUGAAGAAGAGGGUAACUGCAAACAAAGCAAGCAAAACAAAAGACGCAGUGAUGGAGAGGAUGAAGAGGGUGCUUCUGCUGCUUCUGGCCUUCACUGUUCUUCUCAUGUUGCCAGAAGCUUCUGCUACAAAGUUUACUGUUGGAAACAACCAGUUUUGGAACCCCAAUAUUAACUACACUGAGUGGGCUAAAGGCAAACAUUUCUACCUUGGUGACUGGCUCUAUUUUGUGUACGAUAGGAACCAAGCGAGCGUGUUGGAAGUGAACAAGACAGAUUAUGAAACAUGUAACUCUGAUCAUCCACUCACAAAUUGGACUAGGGGAGCUGGAAGAGACGUGGUUCCAUUGAAUGUAACAAAAACUUACUACAUUAUCAGUGGCCGAGGGUUCUGCUUCAGCGGCAUGAAGAUAGCAGUUCAUGUUGAAAAGCUGCCACCUCCACCAAAAGCUGCCCCUGUAAAGUCCGCGGCACCGACCCUUUUUUCACAAGACCGCAUUCUUCUCAUGCCUGUUGUUUUUGCCAUUGGAGCAGCAUGGGAUGCAUUCAUUCAUUUCUGGUAGUGAUAUUAUUUUACACACCACCAUUGCACAACACCAAUGGAUAGUGUUCAUGUUGUGUUACUCUUUUUCUUUUUUCUCAAAGGCAAUUGUUGCUUGCAUGGUGAUAUUAGUAGUUGACCUCAAAUGGGUCAAAGGAUGAUGUUUCAAGUUAGGUAGUGUUUGUGUUUGAUUUUCAAAAUGUGUUGUAUUUCUGUAUGUUAAUGAUCAGAAAUAUGUCAAACUGGUUUAAAUUAAUUUAAUUUGUUGGAGAAUUCAAAUGCGGGAGUUGCGGGAAUGUGGUGGUAUCAUGCUUUUGGACUAGUAGGACCUUGUCCAUGUGCGUGUAGUAUCAAUGCAUUUUACUUUUCUCCAA